AUAACGAAAUUUCUACAAAAGUUUAGAGUUCUCUCUAGAGUCUGGCCACUAUACGAUUCGGCUGCAACAUCCGAGUAAGAGCUUGCAAGCCAUGGAGAUGGAGGCCCAGAAGUACCAGAUUGACCUUGGGAAUCUGAUGGCGUAUGACCCACAUCCCAGCUUCUCUUCUCUUCCCUCUGACAGGGAGCAACUAGUUAAAGAAUGCCUCCAGAAAGGGACUGAGCUUGUCCAAGCAAUUGUGGAUGUUCUUUUCAACUUACAUUCAACUGAAGACAGAGAUGGGCCUAUUGUACAACUACCUCCACCAACAACAAGAUUGCCUAGGGAGAAGCAUCUUCCAAAACCAAAGCCACCUACAAAGUGGGAACUGUUUGCCCAAAAGAAAGGUAUAAAGAAUCGCAAGAAAGACAAACUUGUGUUUGAUGAACAAACUGGUACGUGGAAGCGGCGCCAUGGUUAUGACCGUGUUGAUGAUGACAAAGAUGUACCCAUUAUUGAGGCCAAGAUGACUGAUGAGCCAGGAGAGGAUCCAUUUGCCAAGAGACAGGCAGAAAAGAAAAAUCGAGUUGAGAAGCAAGAAAAGAAUCGGUUGCAGAAUUUGAAAAAAGCUGCAAAAGUUGAUGCCUUGCCUAGCCAUAUUCAACUAGCUGCCACCGCACUGCCGAUAACAGGAACCCAAAGUGCACCAAAGAAAGUCAGUAAAGAUGAGCUGGAGAAUGUGGCUGGAAUGGCAGCCACUGCAACAGCCAGCGGUGGGAAAUUUGACAAGAAACUUCCAGGAGAGAAAUCUGCAAAACAUCCUGGGAAGUUUCGCAAGUUCCUCCCCGUAGCUGAAGGAUCCGGAAUGGGUGCACAAGAGCAGCAGCAAACGGAAAAGAUUCUCAACAAGCUAAUCUCCAAGCACUCACAUGAAAUACUUGAUGUUGAUAAGGCUGUAACAAUGUUCAAUGUGAGGAAAGAGAAGAAGAAAAGGAAUCAGCAAGGGAAGUCUUCUUCAAUGUCUGACAAAUUGAAGCCGAAAAAGAAUUUCAGUAAAACUGGGAAGCCUUCUUCGAUGUCUGACAAAUUGAAGCCGAAAAAGAAUUUCAAUAAAAAUGCAUCAAACAAAGGAUUUUCAAAAAAGGGGUCAUCAAAGAAGGGAAAGACAAAAUAAGAGUAAACCGGUAUGUGUAAGGUAGGUUUGCAGAGCUCUUAUGAGUUCCAAC